AGAAGAGCCCGAAACAAACGUGACACCAAAGUGGGUAGUAGACACAGAGGUGGCGCAGGCAGCACACAGAAAACCAGCGAGAUUUUACACACGCCUCGCCCUCGCGUUCGCGUCGACGGGAAUAAAAUCCCCCGCGUCUCCUCUUCUCCUCGCGCAACUCGCUCAUCUCAUCGCUCUCGCCUCGACUCGCCUCCACGAAGCCCACCUCGACUCGCCAUGGCCAUGGACGACCUCGCCGGCUCAUCCUCCUCCUCCUCCGCGAUGGACGCCGUGGUCGCCGACCCCUCGCACGGGUGGCAGAAGGUCACCUACCCCAAGCGCCACCGCAAGCAGGGGGCGGCGGCGCUGCCCUCCGCGGCUGCUCCCGAUCUGGGGUUCCUGCCCAACGGCGGCGGCAAGGUCAACGUGUUCGAGGCCGUCGACAGGAACGCCGAGAAGCGCCACCGCGCGCUCCUGGCCGCCAGGGACGCGGCCGACCCCGACGCCGCGCGGAUCGCCGCCGCCACGGCCUCCGCGUACUCUGACGACGACGACGACUCCGACGAGGCGCAGGCGACUCGCCCCGAGGGGGAGGUGAAGAAGCCCAAGGUGAAGAAGCCGAAGAAGCCCAAGGUGACGGUCGCCGAGGCGGCCGCUCUGAUCGACGCCGAGAACCUCGCGGCGCAUCUCGUGCAGAUCUCGGAAUCUUACGAGAACCAGCAGGAUAUUCAGCUCAUGCGGUUCGCCGACUACUUUGGCAGGUCAUUUGCAAGCGUGAGCGCCGCCCAGUUCCCCUGGGCGAAGAUGUUCAAGGAAUCACUAGUGUCCAAGAUGGUUGAUAUUCCCUUGUGCCAUAUUCCUGAACCAGUUCGCAACACAGCGAGUGACUGGAUCAAUCAGAGAUCUCCUGAUGCCCUGGGAGACUUUGUCAUGUGGUGCAUAGACAGCAUCAUGUCUGAACUGUCAGGUCAAGCAGUAGGCGCUAAGGGUUCAAAGAAGGCCGCACAGCAAACUCCAAGGGCCCAGGUUGCAAUAUUUGUUGUGCUUGCCUUGACUGUAAGAAGGAAACCAGAGGUACUAACAAACGUCCUGCCAAAAAUAAUGGGAAACAAUAAGUAUCUUGGGCAGGAAAAGCUUCCAAUCAUUGUUUGGGUUAUUGCUCAGGCAUCUCAAGGUGACCUAGUGACUGGAAUGUUUUGUUGGGCUCAUUUCCUGUUUCCCACACUGUGUGCUAAGCCAAGUGGGAAUCCCCAGACGAGAGAUUUAGUUCUGCAGUUGCUCGAAAGAAUUUUGUCUGCCCCCAAAGCUCGAGGCAUCUUACUGAAUGGUGCUGUUAGAAAGGGGGAACGCCUGAUUCCCCCUGUUACAUUUGAUCUGUUCAUGAGAGCUGCAUUUCCUGUUUCCAGCGCUCGUGUAAAGGCUACAGAGAGGUUUGAAGCAGCCUACCCAACAAUCAAGGAGUUGGCCCUUGCUGGUCCUCCUGGCUCAAAAACCGUGAAACAAGCAGCACAGCAGCUUUUGCCAUUGUGUGUGAAAGCAAUGCAAGAAAAUAACGCAGACCUCACCGGGGAGUCUGCUGGUGUAUUCAUUUGGUGCCUGACUCAAAAUGCAGAGUCCUACAAGCUGUGGGAAAGACUUCAUCCUGAAAAUGUUGAAGCCAGUGUUGUAGUCCUUAGCACUAUAGUCACAAAAUGGAGCGAGCUGUCUCAUAAGCUCAGUGCUGAAUCUCUUAAGGUGACUCUGAAGAACUUAAGGACUAAGAAUGAGGCGGCCCUAGAAGCAGCAACGGACUCUGGAAAGCAGGCAUCUAUCAAGGCCGCGGACAAGUAUUCCAAGGAGAUCCUUGGAAGGUUGAGCCGCGGCGGAGCCUGCCUGAAGGGCAGCCUGCUGGUUAUCACGCUUGCUGUUGCCGCAGGCUUUGUGCUAUCUCCUAACCUGGAGAUCCCAUCCGACUGGGACAAGCUCCAGGCCAUGGUGGCGUCUCACCUGUCGUUCUAGAAGUAUAUUUGUCCAGCAGUUGAUAAAAGCUUAUACAGAGAAUCCAAAGGAGAUGAAGUGAAGAUUCUAGGAGUGAAUGAAGAAGGCUAAUAAGAAGGGAUAGAUCCUAGAAAAGAAUACAGUUACCUUUUUCGCAUCUUUUCCCAAGCCCGUAGUUGGGGGGAGAUGCAAGCAACUUUGCAGAGAUAGAGAGUUAAAAAGUUUUAAUCGGGUUAGACUGAUCGGUCAGAAGAAGGAAAGGUUGGGCCAAAUGGUUCGGCCUGAGGACUAACACCACCUUUGCUCUAUCUCGUUUUUCUGCAUCUGCAGCAUCUCAGAUGAUGAGAAACAUUUUUGCUUCUUUUGUUUUUCCUUUUUCUUCUGAAUCUUGUUUGCUUUUACCAACAUGCCAUGUGUGAUAUUAUUGCUGAAUCAUCUGUACUUGUUGGUGUUGAUGAUAUCAUAUCCUGCUAUGUUGUGGUGUACCAA